UUUCCCAAUAUAAUUAUUAUUAUUAAAAAAAACGAGAGUAAUCUGGGUUUUAACUUAUUAAUAAUAAAAAUCAACGAAGAUAGCUGUAUUGCUCUUCUUAUCGCCAUGUGUUCUUCUUCUUCUUCUUCUUCCUCAUACUCUUCUUCUUUUUUUUUUUAAAUGUUUUCUUUGAGUGGAGAACAGUAGUUAGUACUACUUAAAAUGAGCUUAGAUUUCCAGAUCUAUUAACAAACGUCGUGGUCAUGAGAUUUUUGUGAGAAAGCUAAAAAAAGCCCUUUUGUCGUUUUUAUUCUCUUUUCCUUGUCCCUAAGUUGUUGAGAUUUUUCAAAAUUCAAGCCAAGCCAAAGCAACAAGAAGAAGUCAGAUUUCAAGGAAGAAAGAAUGGGUCAUUGCGCAACAGUGUGGGAUCAAAAAGAAGCUACUGAGAUUAUCAAAGAUUGGAACGGCAUUGACCAAGUCCUUCUCAGAAACCCACAUGGUGCUUCUGCCAAGAUUAGCUUACAUGGAGGGCAAGUGAUUUCAUGGCGGAAUGAACUAGGCGAAGAGCUUCUUUUCACUAGCAACAAGGCUAUAUUCAAACCCCCAAAAUCAAUGCGUGGAGGGAUUCAGAUUUGUUAUCCUCAGUUUGGGGAUUGUGGAUUACUGGAUCAACAUGGGUUUGCCAGGAACAAAAUCUGGGUCAUCGAUGAGAAUCCACCUCCUCUUCACUCAAAUGAAUCCACUGUUAAGUCUUUUGUUGAUCUUCUUCUGAAACCAUCAGAAGAGGACUUUAAGCAAUGGCCUCAUAGUUUCGAGUUCCGUCUUCGAGUUUCGCUUGCUGUUGAUGGCGACUUAACGUUAGUUUCUCGGAUUAGAAACAUCAAUGGCAAGCCCUUUAGCUUCUCAUUUGCAUAUCACACUUACCUCUCUAUCUCAGACAUAAGUGAAGUGAGAGUUGAAGGGUUGGAGACAUUGGACUACUUAGACAACCUCAGCAAACAAGAGCUUUUGACAGAACAAGGCGAUGCAAUCACCUUUGAAUCCGAGAUGGACCGGACUUAUAUCAGAUCACCAAAGGUAGUUGCAGUUCUUGACCACGAACGAAAAAGAACAUAUGUUAUCGGAAAGGAAGGACUUCCAGACACUAUUGUAUGGAAUCCAUGGGAGAAGAAAUCAAAAACAAUGUCGGAUUUUGGGGAUGAUGAGUACAAAAGCAUGCUUUGUGUGAAUGCUGCAGCAGUUGAGAGACCGAUCACUUUAAAACCAGGAGAAGAAUGGACUGGCCGGCUUAUAUUGACUGCGGUUAAAUCCAGUUUCUGCUUCGACCAACUCGAACUUCAGAGCAAAGGAUUCUGAUUCUGACUCUGAAUCCCAUUCUAAAGAAGAUAGGGAAAAUAUGCUUAUUCCAUUGCUAGUUUCUGCAGCUUUUUUUGUACUGCAACAUUGGAAAAGCAGAAGCAUCGAUUUUUAUUUCCUUUUUUUUUUCUGGUUGAUUCUCUCGUUUUCUCAGUAAAUCCUAUUGUCUCAGACUGGUUUGGUGAUGUAGUGACUGAAAAAGCCUCGGUUUUUUUUCCUCGGCUAAUGUAAGAAUUUGAAACAAGGUGUGUUUA